CCCAUACCAAAACUUAAUUGUGCAUCAAAACAUCACAUCUCUAUCUCUAUCUUUCUCUCCUCAUUCUUUCUCUUUCUCUCACUUCUUAUCAAUAUAUUACACUGUACUCCCCAAAGUACACAAAAGCCUAACACUCAAAAAGCAUAAAGAAAAAUAAAACCUUUCAACCCUUUUUUCCAUUUUGCAAUUCCCUUAAUCCAAACCAUGACGGACCCAAAUUACUCCUCCAAUUCCUUCAAUUUCAUCCAUCUUCCUCCUUCCAAUUUCCUCCUUUCCCAAUGCCGUCGCCCUACUCCUCCUCCGCCACCGUCAUCUCCGCCGCAAGCCCUCCCUCUCCUCAACACCCUCUCGCCGGAAACCGCCGAUCAUCCCUCCUCCUCCACCACCACUCGUAGUUACGAUGACGAAUCUGCCGUUCUUGCUCUUGACAUCAGCCUCUCUUGCCCUAGCUCCGAUCUAGACUCCUUCUCGCCAGACCCCGGCACCGGGAAAAUAAUCGACGGCGACGUUUCCGACCACCCUUUGCCGAUCUCCGGUAAGGGUCAGUACUGGAUUCCGACCCCAUCGCAGAUCCUCAUCGGUCCUACUCAGUUCUCUUGCCCUCUUUGCUCUAAAGCCUUCAAUAGAUACAAUAAUCUUCAGAUGCAUAUGUGGGGACACGGUUCACAAUACAGAAAAGGACCAGAAUCACUCAAAGGCACACAACCAACCGCAAUGCUAAGGCUACCAUGCUACUGUUGCGCAGUUGGUUGCAAACACAACAUAGACAACCCUCGUUCACGCCCACUCAAAGAUUUCCGAACCCUCCAGACACAUUACAAGCGCAAGCACGGCAUCAAGCCUUUCACUUGUAGAAAAUGCACCAAAGCCUUUGCUGUUAAGGGCGAUUGGCGAACCCACGAGAAGAAUUGUGGCAAGAUUUGGUAUUGCUUUUGUGGCUCUGAUUUUAAACAUAAACGCUCCCUUAAAGACCACAUCAAAGCCUUUGGUCGCGGCCAUGGUGCCCUUGGCCUUGAUUACUUUGACGAUGAUAAUGAACCCUCUCCUGAACUCGAUGAAGAUCAUCUCUUUGUUCGCCUUCGUUAAUCACGUCUUCUCUCUCUUUUUGUUGUGUGGUUAAAUAAUAUAUAUGAUGUUUGUUGUUGUAAUUUGUGUUGUGUAUAUGAGGAGGAAGUUGAGAUGGGGGACUGUGAUACAAAGGUGCAAAUUGAAAUAUUGAUUUAGUUGUAAAAUUUUUGAUAUGAUGUCGAUUUUUAUGGCAAUUUAUAAUAUAUGAAUGAACGGAUUAUGACCCUUGA